AUGAGGCAACAACGGAAUCGGCGCUAUGGGAAUGAAAAGAGGCUCUUUACGUUGUUGCAAGUGAAAGAUACCUUUAAAGCACUGGAACCGUAUGAGAGUACUGGUUCGCAGGACACUUCGCUGCAGGCACGAACGACGCGGGCGAUUGCGCUGGUCGUCACUUCGUGCAUCGCUCCUGUCUCGUCUCGUUUUGUUCGACAACAUCGCUCCUGUCGAACUAAGCAGGAGCGGAGUAUCGCUCGAAUGCACGUAGCUUUCGGCUUUUAA